CGAGGCCGAACUCCCAAGGGCCAAAAUAACGUACGAACAGGAAAAAGAAGAAAACAGCGAAACCACCGGCGGCACCCAAGCAUGAGAGGGAGAAGCAAAGACUUUCUCAGCCUCUCUAUAUCUCUCCUCCCUCGUAUCAAACGCCAGCUACUCUCAAAGCCACUAUCACCCACUUGGGCUCUUAUCGACUUCUGCCCUCUUUCCACCACAACCAUCACCAAUCCUGAUAAUGACAAAGCACCAAAUUCGGAAUCCAACAAUAGAGACCCAAUCCUUCUUGAAAAGUUUAGACAGAGAAAGCUCAAAGUUUCUUCAACAACCCAGAAAAGAAACCCCCACCACAGCCGUCACCAACACCUGGAUCAAGCCCUGCUUAUGAGAAGGACAGUUUGCAGAAGGAGGGUGGACCCACUAAGGUGGUGAACAGUUUUGGGGAGUUGGGUUUGAGUGAGGAGGUGAUUGAGGCUGUGGAGGAGAUGGGUGCGUUUGUUCCUACCGAGAUUCAGUGUGUUGGGAUUCCUGCAGUAUUCGAAGGGAAGAGUGUGGUGAUGAGUGCUCAGCCUAAUUCUGGCAGAACUUUGGCCUACCUGUUGCCUCUUGUUCAGCUGAUGAGACGGGGUCCAAAGCCCAAGCAUCCACAAGCGGUAGUGCUAUGCGCCACAGAAGAACUAUCUGAUGAGGUGUUUCAUAUGGCAAAGUUUAUCAGCAGCUAUGCACAGCUAAAGUCUACAAAGGAGAAUGGUUCACCCCAGAAGAAUUUGUCAAAUGUCCCAAUUGGCAUGAUAGUUGGAACCCCAGGCGAGGUUCUUCAACAUAUUGAAGAAGGGAUUGUAGUUCUAGAUGAAAUCAAAUACUUGGUAUUGGAUGAGGUGGAUGCCAUGUUUGGUUUUGGCCUCGGUCCAGAUAUUCAAAAGAUAAUAACCCCAUUAAGAUAUCAUUCAUCAAAAUCUGAUGACCAAGGAAUUCAAACUAUUCUAGUGACCUCGACAAUAGCAAAGAUUCUGGGUAAAGGGCUAUCACCCUUUUUGGAGCGUUUGGAGCACGAUCAAGCAGGACAGAUUGCUGCGAUGUUGCUAGAGGUGGACAAAACAGAAGCAUAUCAUCUCACUGAGUCCCUGGAUGCUCUGAAGAAGAAAGUAGCAGAGGCUAUAAUUUCCCUUAACCCAACCGGAUCAGAAUCUUGACAUUACUAGUUGUUUCACUCAUAUCAGAUUAUGGAGCAAAGCCAAUAUUUGCUUUCAUGAGAUUAUUUUGUAUGGACCUUCUCAUGCGCCCAUUUUUUAGGGCUUUUUGAGUGUCAUCUGUGGAGUGAGUAUAAAUUCUACUGUAAAUUUGUAGGUCCUGUUGCAUUCGGCAAGGUUGAAUGGAGUAGCUUGAUUGUUGACAUUUCUAUAGGAUUCUGACUGUUAGGGGGAUCUGCAGACUUGCAGUGAAGCUGGAUUUAUGCCAUUGUAUCUUAUGUUUUAUCA